GCUUGGCUCAGUGUGAGCGAACCACCCUGGGGGCCUGACAGACUCUGAGAUGACAGUAGGCAGCAUGGAGAAUGUGGAGGUCUUCACUUCCGAGGGCAAAGGCAGAGGACUGAAGGCCACGAAGGAGUUCUGGGCUGCGGAUGUCAUCUUUGCUGAGAGGGCUUAUUCUGCAGUGGUUUUUGACAGCCUCGUUAACUUCGUGUGCCACACCUGCUUCAAGAGGCAGGAGAGGCUCCAUCGCUGCGGGCAGUGCAAGUUCGCCCAUUACUGCGACCGCACGUGCCAGAAGGAUGCCUGGCUGAACCACAAGAACGAGUGCUCUGCCAUCAAGAGAUAUGGGAAGGUGCCCAACGAAAAUAUCAGGCUGGCAGCCCGCAUCAUGUGGCGGGUGGAGAGAGAGGGCACUGGGCUCACAGAGGGCUGCCUGGUGUCAGUGGAUGACUUACAGAACCAUGUGGAGCACUUUGGGGAGGAGGAGCAGAAGGAACUACGAGUAGACGUGGACACAUUCUUGCAGUACUGGCCACCACAGAGCCAGCAGUUCAGCAUGCAGUACAUCUCACACAUCUUUGGCGUGAUCAACUGCAAUGGUUUCACACUCAGUGACCAGAGAGGGCUACAGGCAGUGGGCGUGGGCAUCUUCCCCAACCUGGGCCUGGUGAACCAUGACUGCUGGCCAAACUGCACUGUCAUAUUCAACAAUGGCAAUCAUGAGGCAGUGAAAUCCAUGUUUCACACGCAGAUGAGGAUUGAGCUCCGGGCCCUGGGCAAGAUCUCAGAAGGUGAGGAGCUGACGGUGUCCUACAUAGACUUCCUCCACCUCAGCGAGGAGCGCAGGCAGCAGCUGAAGAAGCAGUACUACUUUGACUGCUCCUGUGAACACUGCCAGAAGGGGCUGAAGGACGACCUCUUCCUGGCAGUGAAGGAAGACCCCAAGCCCUCCCAGGAAGUGGUGAAGGAGAUGAUACAGUUCUCAAAGGAUACACUGGAAAAAAUAGACAAGGCUCGCUCUGAGGGUUUGUAUCAUGAGGUUGUGAAGCUGUGUCGGGAGUGCUUGGAGAAGCAGGAACCGGUGUUUGCUGACACCAACCUCUAUGUGCUUCGGCUGCUAAGCAUUGUGUCAGAAGUCCUCUCCUACCUCCAGGCCUUUGAAGAGGCCUCACAUUAUGCCAGGAGGAUGGUGGAUGGCUACAUGAAACUCUACCACCAUAACAAUGCCCAACUGGGCAUGGCUGUGAUGCGGGCAGGGCUGACCAACUGGCAUGCUGGUCACAUCGAAGUGGGGCAUGGGAUGAUCUGCAAAGCCUAUGCUAUUCUCCUGGUGACCCAUGGACCCUCCCAUCCUAUCACCAAAGACUUAGAGGCCAUGCGGAUGCAGACAGAGAUGGAGCUGCGUAUGUUCCGCCAAAAUGAAUUCAUGUACCACAAAAUGCGAGAGGCUGCCCUGAACAACCAGCCCAUGCAGGUCAUGGCUGAGCCCAGCAACGAGCCAGCCCCAGCUCUGUUCCAUAAGAAGCAAUGAGGACCUUGUUGGAGGGUGGGGGCAUUGUGGCUGCGGAGCUGAGGAAAUUACUACUCCGUGUCCCCCACUGCCAUUUUGGUUCAAUUCAACUCAGCUUAGUUCUCUCUCA